AUGUAUAGAAUUCUAUUUACUAAAAUUUUUUUUCUGACAUUAAGUGCUUGGAUAUUGCGAGCCUCUGAUAAUAGAAAGGGUGUCGGCUUUAACGUGAACAAUAGGAGAAGAAGUGCGCAUAAUGAUCUGCAGUUAAGAGUACCUAGAUUGCUUUCAGUAAAUGAUUUAGAUUCAGAAAUAGAUUAUGGUAGUUUAGAAAGCUUGGGGGAUGGAAGAGAAAAAGAAGAAAUAUAUGAACGGCGAGGAAAAGUGGAUUUACGUUCUUUCACUUUUGAUGACAGUGAAGAAUUGGACCCCAACUUGGAAUCAUUUAAAGAAUAUAUGAAAUAUGUAGCAAAAAGUGAUAAAUCUUUUCGAGAAAAAUAUGACGAUACAAGGGAUUAUAUCAAAAAUAUGGAUCCCAUGACAAGAAAAAAAAUUAAAAAUGAAAUGAAAGACAGGCUAAGCGAAAGAAGGCGUACGAAGCGUCGAAGAAAAUGCAGCCAAUUGCAUGGCUUAUGCAAUGAUAUGUAUGGAGAUUUACAGUAUAAUGAUUACAGAAUGAAGGCUCAAAUACGCAAGAUGAAAAGAAAAAUAUCAGCUCGUUCCUUCAUCGCCGGUGCUCUAUCAGCUAUUUUAGCCAUUUUGUUGUUUCCAAUUGAAUUAAUUUGCUCCUCUGGUGUACUGCUCAUUAUGGGUCUCUCUUUAGUUUUCUUACUCUUGGAGGAAAUAUAA